AUGGUGAUUACAUUUCAAGAUAAUAUUAAACUUAGAGGAGAUAAUAAAAAUACUUUUUUUAGAGAGGAUGGAAGAUUUAAAAAUGAAAUUAGAAGAUUUAUUAUUAAAAGUGAAUUUCCGUAUACAUCACUACGUCAAGGAAAUUCACAUGUACAGGUAAAGAUAGAUGGACCUAAAGAAGGAUCUAAAUUAUAUUUUUACAUUACUGGAACCACAAAUGAUACUAAAAGAUACUAUGAAUUAUUUUCUAUUUUUGAUAAUAUAUUACUUUUAGAUUCACAACUAGAUAUUUAUGUUAAUAUUUUAGAAGAAGAUGGUAGUUUGUUAAGUACUAUAGUUAAUUGUAUAGUAUUAAGUAUAUGUCACAGUAACAUUCCAUUGAAAGAUUUUCCAUGCAGUAUUACUUAUUCAGAAAAAGGAGUAGAUUUAUCUGCCAGUGAAGAGGGAAGUGGGAGGGUGACUGUAGUUUACCUUAUGAAUAGUAAAAAAUUGGUGUAUUAUAAAGCAGAAGGGAAGAUUACCCUUGAAAAAUUACAGAAUAUAGACGAAAUGGGGAGAAUAGCGAUAGAAGAAAUUUUUAUAAAAAUGAAAGAAUUUUUAAUUAAGUAA